AUCUAGUUCACCCUGUGCAUUAGACCCUAUCUACAAGCGGCGUAGGAGGAAGUUUAAACGCAGGAUUUUUAUCGAUGAGUUGAUUAUUUUGUGUGACAUUUUUUACUUUUGGAUCGGAUCUGUAAGAAUAUGGCUGAAGGUGGAACCGAGACAUUCUGUGAAGAAGAUGUUUCUAUCACAGACAUGAACUUUUUUAACUUUCUUUACAACACUCACAAAUGCAAAUUCAAAUGGAACUAUGAUAAAUCAUCAAGAACAUUGACGGGUGAUCCAAAGAUCGACGAAGUAUCCGAAACAAAAAAGGUGUUCAGUGAGUUCGAAUAUAGACACUCUUCUCGAGCAGUGAGGCACGAGGGCAAGGUUCCUUCAGCAAGUCUCAACGAAAUCAAACAGCAGUACCCAGAGGUUCUAUUACUUCGAAAGAAAGAAUCGAAAGACGACAGUCACGAUGAGUUCCAAAUCUAUAGCGCAAAUUACUCGCACGUUGUAGCAUUUGAAAAACGUCUGAAAGUUAUUGGUACAGGUGCAAAAGGACGAAAACGAAAUCCUAUGGCUGAAAGACAGGACUCUGUAACUGAGGAAUCUGACCAAAAAGAAACACGAUUCUUCCCGAUCUCAAAGAGUAGUAGAGAGCUACACGUUGUUUGUAAUGAUAUCCUUGAAAUUAACUCUGAUUGCAUCGUGAACCCAUGUGUCAAGAGACAAUCAAGUAGUAUCGAAGGCAGAGGAGAAUUGUUUCGAUAUCUUAAAUCCAAAGGCGGACAGAAAUACGAAGAUCAUUUAAUGGACGCCAAGAUCGAUUCCAGGACACAAUGCGCAAUUACAGACGGCGGCGAUAUAAAAGCAAAGAUUAUACAUCCAACAAGACCUGUUCACAAUGACAAAGAUAGAGACGAAAACAUUUUCAUGAGCAUUUUAGGUGCAUUACAAAUUGCAGAACAGGAGAAGAUGAACGCAAUCGCUUUUCCAUUUGCAUAUUCAGGUACAGCAGGUGUCGACCUAAAGAUUUGUGCAUUUCAGUAUGCAAGAGCAGUUACUGAAUUCUGCCGUAUAUCACAGAAUCCUCUGGCCUUGGUUGACAUCUAUUUUGUUGAGAAGAACCUGGAAAAAGUAACCCGUCUCGUGGAUUACUUGAAAGAGCUUUUUCCGCAGCGAAUGACAGAAAUGAUGAUUAUUCCGAAACCAUAUGAUGAUGUUGAGGUAAAGCCAACUCGAGUGAGUUAUUACAACAUUCCAAGGAGGGAAGAAACCUGUGACGAUGAUGGCUACUCUACUGCAUAUGAAACAAAUAAACGGGCGGCCGAUCAUUCACAGACAGUGGCUACUAUUCCAAUUCUCAAAGAGCUCGACACGAAACCUGAUAAUGAUUGUGUAGCAGGCAAGACACACAGGGAAGUUGCGACUGAAGGUGGUAACCAGAAGGAGGAAUACACAUACAUUGGUGAUGUUGAUGUUAAAGAUGCUGAUUAUGAAGAUAGCGCUGUAAGCAAUGUAGUUGACUACGACGUUUGCACACCUGAAGAAACAGAUACCUUACCGGAGCCACAAAAAGACGACGAUACUGACUUGUAUGAGGAUUACACACCAAAGGACAAUACAGACCCCAUUUACGAAACUGUUGCAGGUGAAGCGAUGCCGACCCGUGAUGAAAUUAAUGAAAAUAUUAAGACCAUAAAACACAGGCAUUCAUUAGAUUGUAAAAACAAUACAACUAUAAAGGUACUAGAAGACGAUAUACGUAUUGCAGCUUCCCACAUUAUUGUGUGUCCGGAGUAUAAAGGGAAACCAGAAGGCGGUGUAUUCGGUCUGUCAGUGAAAUUUUCUUACUGGAAAGCUGCCAAAUUAACAUUGUUAAAAAAGGUCAAUGCCGAAGGACGUGUGGCCCGGUCAAAGUGUCAAAAGUUCAAAGAGUACCAACCUGUAAAAUUCCUGUACCAUGUAAAUACACCAAUUUGGAGGGAUAUUUCAGACAAUACACAGCUACAAAAAAGCAUCAAAAGCAUAUUCUUAAAGUUGAACCGAUUCCAAGACAAGGAAAGGUCUAUCGCAAUACCGCUUCUGGGAGUUGUUGACGUAGAAGAACAACCCCUUGUUCGUGACUGUUGUCGUGUGUUUGUGGAAAGCGUGAUAAAGUGCUGCAGGGAAAGGAACAGCCCUUUGCCGCUCGAUGUUUACCUGGUCAACAGCUGCCCUACGCUCACCUCCUGGAUCACAGAAGACCUUGCAACAUUUGGUGCAUGAACACUUAAGUCAGAAGCUGAAUGCGAAAUGUUUCAAAUGUUUCAAAUUUAUGUCACUCUUUUACUCCUCGAAAUGUUGUGUAAAAUAGUUUAGUGGUAUACUUUCUACACCUGAGCCUUGCCUCGAGCAACUUUGAUAAACUUAAUAUGGUUGUGAAUAAUACAAAUGCAAAGUUGUUUAUCUGUCCCGUCAUUACUACAAUAUUCUUUAUCCUCCAUAUCUUCCAUAUAAUAAUCUUUAUUUUUAAAAAUGAAUUGACGAUGCAAAUGCCUAUUCAUAUACCUUACGUGUUUAUUAUCUUUGCCAGAUGAAGUUUAAAACAUGAUUGUAAAUCAAUUUCCCACAAGAUAAGACUGGCAAUUGCGGAUAAAAAUGUUGAACAUGGAAUGAGAGAAUGUGUUUAUAUUGUCAUGGUGACGCAUUUCGGCGCAAUCCGUUGUUCUGAAUUUUAUUUCUAAAAAUGUAUUUGCUUAUCACACACACAAGACAACCAUUAACAUGUUGGAAAAUAACAUUAAACAUAUUAUAGAUCUAUCUGGAUUAUUCAAUUAAAAUUGUUCAUGAGUUUUCUAUGUAGACAUUGACCUCUCAUGAUGCCGGUGUCGACAUAAUUUACAACGGAAACUGUAUAUUUGUUAUUAGUUCAUAAUUGUUGGCAUGGAAUUGAAAUAAAAGACAGACACAUUGAAACUUUUAGUGCUACAAAAGUUGUACAAAAUAAAGUUCAUCCUUUUAAAAGUUAAACGUUGCCAAAAACAGUAUUAACGAAUGUUUCCAUUUCCAAUCAAUUCUCAAAAGUUAUGAUCUACGUUUCUUUUAAUUUAAUUCAGAAAAAUGUAUUGUAGUAAAAUCAUUAUCAUUUUAUGACAAACAUACACACAAGACAAUAGUAAAGGAAAACUUAUCAUUUAAUCAUCAUGCGUACUAAAUGUCUGUUAGUCUCACAGCUGAACCACAUUUUCUAACUCUAGAAUAAUCAUAUUUUUGUAACCAGUUGAUUGCUAGUGUGAGUGGUUCCCAGGUGUAAAUGUUCAGUUAUGGAUGAUUUCUUCAGUGUGAUGGAGUUUGAUUCACCAUUAAUAUUGUCAUGGAAGUUAAAACGUUUUAGUUACAAAUUAGUGUGUGCACGGUUAGUGCUCAAUUCAUUAAAUCCUUUGACGCCUUUUUCUUCUUUAUGUUACUUUUCAUUUGCUUCUCGUUAGAGACAGUUCGCAAUUUUGUAAUUGUGUUUUUUAUGUACAUGUGUAUUUUGUAUAUGUAUAUUUUUUCUAUAUAAUAUUCUUAAAUACUCUUUCGUUGUUAUAGGUUUUUCAUAUACAAUAAAAUAUCGAACCCGAAAAGGCUUCAAGAGUUAUUGCCCACAUGGUUACAUUUUUAUAUAAUGAAAAGCACAUUUUUAUUUCAUUACAUUGCGCAUUGACGCUACGUAUGACAGACGAUUCAACCGACUGAUGGUCUCACGGUCAUUUCUCUCAUAUCUCAUACCACAUGUGUAUGUAUGUCUCUGUUUGCAUAUAUAAUGGCCAUAUAAAGAACAUUUACUCACACAAUUUGGUUAAAACAUUAAGGAAUUAAAAUAGUUACCAACAUAGAAAAUAUUAUGAAUUUAAUAUCUUUCUUUAAACAAUACACACACUUUUUAAAUACUGCACUCAGUGGUAGCUGGUAGCUAUUACUACAGGAGGAUUACAAGGACUAAGCCAACACUGGUCUCACGGGUUAAACCGUUCGUUAAAGCUCUGUGUCAAAAACUUUAGUUGGUCAUCUCAUCUGCAACGCUGCACAGUUUUCCAAGGCUGUAUGCCCCAACUGAAAGCUAGUAUAACCCAUUCGAGUUCUCAUAUUGUGCUUCUGCCAUGUUUAGGACUCUACUUUCUUGCAAACUGAGCAAGAAAUUUGUGCUCCUGGCGAUAUUUAGGUUUAUAUUGCUGGUAUUUUCUGCACCCUAGAGCUAAACUUUUGCAUUCUUUUACAUGUUAGAACUGUUGAAAUCGAUAUGUUAUGUGGAGCCUAACUCUUAAUAUUAGCAUAAUUAGUUUUUUUUGCCAAAAUCAGAGCCCUUCAUCUAUGAAUACGUUCGUUCUGUUCGAUUUAGGCCAAUUCGAGCUUUAGGAUUACAUAAACAAGUUCUCUAAUGUACAGUUGUAUUUUAUGUUUGUGUUUCUUCGGUGUAAAUACGUGUUAUAAGUCAGGUCAAAACUCGAUUAGACUUUUACACAUGCUGUUGUCAUCAAGCAUACAUGUAUCUCCAUGAGAGAGACAGCCGAAUGCAUUGCGAUAGAUGAUUCGCUCCAAAGAUCUAUUGAUAAUUACAUACCAUUCCAUACCAAUACCAUUCCAUUGUGCCUUAUUACAUAUUUUCACUGAUGUUGUUUAGUAAAGUUUCUUUUUUUCUUGUGUUUGACAUGUUUGUUCACUGUUUUAUUUGAUGUUAAUUAAUAUGUGUUUCAUUGUUUUGUUAUGUCACAUGCAUAUUAUAUGCCUUGAUGAAUAAAAACUUGAACUUGAA